CAUUCGCCAUCUCUCCUCCAUCAACUCACAGGCUCAGCCAGAGAGAGAGAGAGAGAGAGAGAAGAGUUUUUAGAGAGAUUCAUUUCUAUGUUUGUUCACGUUCACAUCCUCUUUUUCUAUAUUUUAUUAGAUUAAAUUAAAAAUCUCUCUCACUGUCAUCGGCGAUUCUCUAUCCCUCUUCACUUGUUUACUCUGUUCUUUCGAUCGCGAUAAAAAAAAUCGAAAAAGGAUCCAAGAUUGAGGGAGGGAGAGAGAAGCGCGGAGCUGAUUAGAGCCAGUGAGGUUUCGUAUUGGAUUACGAGCAGACGAUCUUUGAGUGGCAUUUGAAAAUCAUUAUUUCAGUUUUUCUCAAUCGGCUCUGUUGUUCUGAAUGGAUGUUAUGAGGGGUAUCGAUGGUUACGUGGAGUAGGGGAUAUGGUUACUGAUGUUGCGCAGAAGGGAUGUUGGUUUUAUUUUGGUUUACGUGAAUGGAAUAUCCAAUGGAGUGUUCUGUGAUUUGGUUCAGAGAGUAUCAGGAACUGGUUUUUGGAUUUCGGUUUCAAUUCUUGAAGAUUUUGGGACGUUGCUAUUGAAUGAUCCUCAUGUGUAAUCAAGGAACUGAUUACUUGAGACGAUCAUCUUCGCAGUCUGAUAACUUCUUUGAUCAGCAGCAGCACCAGCAGCAAUACCAGGCUGUGUACAGGAUGGAAUCACCUGCCGCAGCCCCACCACAGAUUCCCAGUUCCAAUGAGGAAACACCUCGCGUUAAGUUUUUAUGCAGCUUUGCGGGUAGUAUCCUUCCUCGACCUCAAGAUGGGAAGCUCCGUUACGUUGGAGGAGAAACGCGGAUUGUGAGCUUGCCUCGGGACAUUACCUAUGAGGAGUUGAUGGUGAAGAUGAGAGAACUUUUUGAAGGGGCAGCUUUGUUGAAGUACCAGCAGCCUGAUGAAGAUCUUGAUGCUUUGGUUUCUGUUGUUAAUGAUGACGACGUCACCAAUAUGAUGGAGGAAUACGACAAGCUUGGUUCUGGAGAUGGGUUUACGAGGCUUAGGAUAUUCCUUUUCUCACAUCCUGAUCAAGAUGCUUCUUCACACUUUGAUACAGAUGAGAGGGAAACAGAGAGGAGAUAUGUGGACGCAUUGAACAGUCUGAAUGAUGCUUCUGAUUUCAGGAAGCAACAGCAGCAACAGUCAGACUCCCCUAUGAUGGGUCCUGCGAUGGCUGAACAAUUCUUCAAUUCAAUCAGCCUCGAACCUGGCAUUCAUAACCAGAGGAAUUGUGAUAUUCCUUUGCCACAGUAUAAUUUACAUCUUAAAAUUCCUCAUCUAGGAUCAGGGCCGCACCAACAACCCCAUUCUCAGAGGUAUAGUGAAAUGGAGGGUUGGAAUCCUGCAUACUAUUCACCCAGUCAUCAUGGACCCCAUGAUCCGCGACCUAUGUCAGAGUUUCCAACUUCACCGUCAUCCAGUCGGUAUCGCAUGACGUUUGGAGAAUUGCCUGACAAGAGCUUGGAUAGGAUGUCUGAAAUGAACCAUCAGCCACCGUAUGACCACCAAGCAACAUUUGUUGAUAAUGUAGUAUGGCUUCCGCCAGGAGCAAUGACUGGUGAGAAAGCUGGUUUUCCAGGUAAUCUUAGCCACACACACAAUUUUUAUGAAGGGAAUAAUAUAUGUGAGCACUGCCGGAUGGCUUUCCAAAGGAGCCAAACUUCACCAGAUUCUGCUCGUUAUACUGAUCCCCGCUGGAAACAUGGAGGACAAUCACAUUUGGAGCAACCAAACCCAGGGAAUGGAUUCCACCAAUUCUCCAAUCCAUGCACUGAAUGCGGCCCUAGUAGGGAGAAUUACAUACUGAAUACUGAUGCCAAAUUGGACCAUGGCAUUUUCCCUAAAGAGAAAAAUGAGGCCAGAUCUUUCUACAAUGAAGUCCACAGUCAUGAAAGAGGAUGGGUCCUACAUCACCAAUUGAACCAUCGUGGUGAUGAACCGAGGACGCACUUAUCUGGGGCUGGAACAAUAAGUGAACACUAUGUGGUGGAUGGUACUGGCAUGAGUUUUCCUCUUGGACAUGGUACCUGCUGUGAUGGCCAUCAUGUGCCUUCUUCCAAUUGCAUCAAUCACGAAGACCCACGGUAUAUUCGACCUGGACCUGAAUUGGGAAAUGAUGGGUUUCAUGAUCGAGCUAUGGGAACUGGACUUCACAUUCAUGUUCCUGCACAGGAAGACCGAGGUGUCUGUUAUGGGAAUUUUGCUCCUGCUUAUGGAACAGAAGGUCAUUAUCAGGUAGCACAUGGGCCUGGAGGCCCUGGACAUGGUUUAUGGAGAAAGGUUCAGAACCCUUUGCAUGGCACUUCAUCAUAUGAAACAUCAAAUUUACUGCCUCAAGUUAAUGGUACAGUUAAUUCAGGGUUCCUGAGGAGCCCACAAGAGGGUAGUCCAAGGUAUCGUGUUGGCAUGGAUAAUCCAAAUCCUUGGGCAGGGCCAUCACAGAAAGUACUUGGGUUUGAUGGAUCUGCUGCUCCAGAAUAUUUCCAUGGUUAUGCUCGGAGGGUCAAUUCAAAUAUCAUUGGUCAGGAAAACCAGACUUCAUUUGGCCCAGAUCCUUCUCGAUCCCCAACUGACAUGCUAGACUUUGCCAAUCCAACCGAAUCUGUGCCCCGAGUUCCUUCAUCUUAUUCUGCUGUUGAUGAUAAAGUAGCUGCUUCUACUACUACAAGUAACAUUGUGGGACCCAGAAAUGAUACUGAUGCUAUUGGUGCAACGAUGGAGGAUAAAAACAUGCUUAGAGAGGUUAGCAAACCAAAUCAUGCAGAACAUUCACAAGUAUCCAAUUUGCAUACUGUCUCUUAUCCAGAGAAAAAUGGAGAUUCUGGCCAGAAAAAUGAUGAGUCAGGUGUUGAUUCAAAUUGCUUAAAGUCUGCUGAAAAGGGUGGUAAUACAAUAAAACUUGGUGGAACUGAUGUUCAUGAUGCAUGUGAAGAUGGGGAGCUCUCAACUAGGCGUUUGAGUUUCUUACCUGAGUUGAUUGCUUCAGUAAAGAAGGCAGCAUUAGAAGGUGCUGAGGAGGUAAAAGCUAGAGCACAAGGAAAUGCUGGCGAAGAUGUUUUGCCUCAUUCAACAACCAAUGAAGCAGCUUUCCCCGAAUUGGAAGCCACAAAUACCCAUGUAGAUGUGGAGGUUGAUUCUGAUAGUGAUCAUCAAAAUAUUUCAAAGAUUGAGCCAACAAAGGCUGAGGAAGAAGCUUUGGCUAAAGGGUUACAGACAAUAAAAAAUGAUGAUUUGGAGGAAAUUCGAGAAUUGGGUUCUGGUACUUAUGGAGCUGUUUAUCAUGGAAAAUGGAAGGGUUCUGAUGUAGCAAUUAAGAGAAUAAAAGCAAGCUGCUUUGCUGGGAAACCAUCUGAAAGAGAACGUCUGAUCGCAGAUUUCUGGAAGGAGGCUUUGAUAUUGAGUUCAUUGCAUCAUCCAAAUGUCGUCUCAUUUUAUGGUAUAGUUCGUGAUGGUCCUGAUGGAUCAUUAGCAACUGUAACAGAAUUUAUGGUCAAUGGAUCGUUGAAACAAUUUUUGCAGAAGAAAGAUAGAACAAUUGAUCGCCGUAAAAGACUUAUCAUUGCAAUGGAUGCUGCCUUUGGGAUGGAAUACUUGCAUGGGAAGAACAUUGUUCAUUUUGAUUUGAAGUGUGAGAAUCUGUUGGUCAAUAUGAGAGAUCCUCAGCGGCCUGUAUGCAAGAUUGGUGAUCUGGGCUUAUCGAAGGUAAGACAACACACCUUAGUGUCAGGAGGUGUUCGUGGAACUUUACCAUGGAUGGCACCUGAGCUCCUCAGUGGUAAAAGUAAUAUGGUAACAGAGAAAAUUGAUGUGUACUCAUUUGGGAUUGUCAUGUGGGAAUUGCUUACUGGGGAGGAGCCUUAUGCUGACAUGCACUGUGCCUCUAUAAUUGGUGGCAUUGUGAACAACUCAUUACGUCCACAAAUUCCAACAUGGUGUGAUCCUGAAUGGAAAUCGUUGAUGGCAAGUUGUUGGGCUUCUGAUCCAGGGGAGCGACCAUCGUUUUCACAAAUUUCACAGAAGCUGAGGAAAAUGUCUGCAGCAGUAAAUGUGAAAUGAUUCAUUCAUUUUUCAUGCUGUGUAUACCACUUAUUGUUACCUAAAAGAAUAGAGAACAGAGUUAUAGAUUUUGCAGUUUAAAGUCGCCUGCUCUUUUGGAAAAUAUGCUUAAGGCUAGUAGUACAAAAUCAUGCCUUUGAUAGCCUUAGCAGAAUCUUUUAUUAGUUGCCAUACAUUGGUAUUUUCUUUGUAGAGUGCAAUUACAUGUGCUCUAGAUUGCCAUGCAUGGAGAAGGCCAUAUUAUACACUGCAGGCUAUUUAUGCUUAGUCACAAUGCUCUCAUUAUUUUGGAUUUGCUUAGGGCAAUUGUAUAAAUCGUCCAGAUGUGGGUGACUCCUAUAUCUCAGCUUUCUUUAUGGAAAAGUAACUGGUAUGGAAAGAUGUAAAUAAGUUUUGUGGUAAUCAAAAUGUUCUAAGCUCCCCAUUGAGAGGGAAAAAUGAUUUAAUUAUUCUUAGGUUUCUGGACAGAUCAUUAGAACUGAAAAUUUUGGUAUAUUAUUUCUUUUUGUUUUUUCUUCCCCCUUUCCUGAUAUAUUUUGGAAAUGUAUAAUGAAGGAUCUCUAUUUUUAUCUUUUUUUAUAUAUAUUUAUAUUCAGGCAGGUGUAUACUUCGUGACGGGAAAAAAGGUUAAUUUAUUUUGUAAGUAGUAAGUAGAAAAGUUGUUUAUUGUAUGGAAUGUUCUUCCAUCACCUUUGAUUUUUUGUGGACUUUAUAUAUUAAUUGGUUGGUUUGA